AUGUCACAACAAACUGAACUAGAUACCAAAAUGGAAGAAGACACACCAACAACGCCAAUCCCCGAAACAGAAACAGAUAUCCUCAAUGAACCAUCCACGCUCCCCCUCCCCACCGUUGACAGAACAAAGCUCCUCGCGGGCGAAUCCUACGCCUACUUCUCACCGCCGCCACCAAUUAUCACAUCCCCACCAGUCAACCGCUACGACUAUUUCGUACUGGGCAUCGACGAGGCCGGCCGCGGCCCCGUGCUCGGCCCCAUGGUCUACAGCGCCUUUUACGUCCCCUCCGACGAGCACGAACUCCUCCUCGCGAAGAAGUACCGCUUCGACGACAGCAAAGUGCUCACAGCUGUCAACCGUGCGAGGCUCAUGCAGCAGAUCAUCACAAAGGGGUCAUCGCUACAUGAAUCUUGCGGGUUCGCGGCCAAGGUGCUCUCGGCGCGGGAUAUCUCGUCGGGGAUGAUGAGGCCUGCUACGAGCGUGGGCGGCGUGUAUAACCUCAAUGCACAGGCGAUGGAUGCCACAAUUGAGCUUAUACGGGGCAUCGUGGAGGAGAGGAAGAUCGAUGUGCGCGAGGUCUAUAUUGAUACCGUCGGAAAUCCGGCGAGUUAUCAGAAGAGGCUGGAGGCGGUGUUUCCGUCGUUGAAGAUUACGGUGGAGAAGAAGGCGGAUUCGUUGUUUCCAUGUGUCAGUGCAGCGAGUGUGGUUGCAAAAGUCACGAGGGAUGUUGCCUUGGAGGUUUGUCACGAGGCGCUUGAGGAGGACAAGGGUGCGGGAUGGGGUAGUGGGUAUCCCUCUGAUUCAAAGUGUGUGAAUUGGUUGAGGUGCAAUAUGGACCCGGUGUUUGGGUGGGGGAAUGAGUGUAGGUUUAGCUGGGGCACGGCGAAGGAGAUGCUGGAGACCAAGGGUGGGGAGAGGGUUGAAUGGCCUACUGAAGACGGUGACACGCAACUUAUGGAUUUCUUGCUGUCGUCGGGGAGUACCUCCAAGGGAGGUAGUCAAGAGCUCCGAGAGUGGUUUGGGAAGAAAACCGCAGAGGUUCUAUGA